CUGAAAUAUAAAAAAAAAAAAGAUCAGAUUGGUUGAGGAUGAGCCAGAAUCUGAACAAUUUCCAUGUUUGGAAUCCCAAGAAAAAAAAAAAGCACAAAAACAAACUUUUAAUUAAUAUCUACCAAGAUAGAAAGCGAGGAGAAAUUGCGCAAGAAAGAAACACCCGAAGGUUUCAAUUCCGUUCAAAUCAGAUCUUGGCAAACAAACACGUCCUUAUCCCCCUUCCCGACUGGUCCAAACUCCCAAAUCACCGCUUAAACCCCUUCAAGCAAGUCCUUCCCAACUUAGCCCCAGACGACACUCUCUCUCUCUCUCUCUCUUGAAAAAUUCAUUCGCGGGUUAAAUGUAACCGACACAAACCCAAUAACUAUAUAUACACACACAUGGGGCGAUCGGCAAUGAAACUUACAUAGAUUUCAUCGAACACUGGAGAGAGAGGGAUUCCGAUAUGGGCGGAGAUCAUGUCGAAUCGUCGGACGCACAAACGAUCAGAGAUUUCGUCUGCCGGGCCGGCGCCGGCGCCGCCGCUGGUGCUAUUGCGGCUACAUUUAUGUGUCCUCUGGAUGUGAUCAAAACAAGGCUUCAGGUCCAUGGCCUUCCUUCUGGUCACAAAGGUAGUAUCAUUAUCACAAGUCUACAGGACAUAAUAAAGACUGAAGGUUUGAGGGGGAUGUAUCGCGGUCUUUCACCAACAAUACUAGCCUUGCUUCCAAAUUGGGCAGUAUACUUCACUGUUUAUGAGCGACUAAAAGACCUUCUUCAUUCACAUGUCGAUGGCAGCAAUCAACUCACAAUUGGUGCUAAUAUGGUAGCUGCUGCUGGUGCUGGGGCCACCACAGCCAUCACCACAAAUCCUUUGUGGGUUGUUAAGACUAGACUUCAAACACAGGGAAUGAGGCAAGAUGUAAUUCCUUACAAAAGCAUACUUUCUGCGUUAACAAGGAUUGCACACGAGGAAGGUAUUCGGGGAUUAUAUAGCGGUGUUGUGCCUUCAUUGGUGGGAAUAAGCCAUGUUGCAAUUCAAUUUCCAGCGUAUGAAAAGAUCAAGUCAUACAUGGCUAAAAGAGAAAAUACAAGUGUCGAUAAGCUAGGCCCUGGCAGUGUUGCUAUUGCCUCAUCAAUAUCCAAAGUAAUUGCCUCUGUAGCAACUUACCCUCAUGAGGUCGUGCGCUCCCGGUUGCAAGAACAAGGGCAGGCUCGAAAUAAAGUGGUGCAGUACGCAGGGUUAGUAGAUUGUGUUAAGAAGGUAUUUCAAAGGGAAGGUCUUCCAGGUUUCUAUCGUGGCUGCGCAACCAAUCUAAUGAGAACAACUCCAUCUGCCAUCAUUACAUUUACUAGUUAUGAGAUGAUGCAUAGAUUCUUGCAGAGUGUAAUUCCUCCAAACAAGAAUCAUUUCCAGGACUACCCUAAACCCGAUAACCAUGUCAAUCCCGAGAAGGGAAAUGAAGGCGUGGUGAAAGAAAACAGUAGUCCUGUUUUUGGGCAAUCACAAAGCCAAUUAAAUAAAAGAACUCCAUCAAUUCCUAUUGGAAACAAAGAGCAGCUAACAGGAAGACACUGAUUGAAUGUCAGUUUUGUGCUAAGCGGCAUGUCAUUGAUGCCAUUUUCUGUAGGCUCCUGAGUUUAGAUAUUGAGAGGUGAAUAACUGUAAGUUCAUUUUUUGAGCAGGUAACUUUUUUUUUUUUUUUUUUUGGAAUAUAGUUCGAGCAUUCUUUAGAUAUAUACAUUGUGCAAGUGUGCAAAUAAUUCUUCUUCCUUGUGUUGGAAGCAAUGAAAAGCAUCGCGCCAAGGAUGUCUGUUAGAUGUCUUUUAGUGUAUUUUACUCUUAGCUGGAUUAGAAAUUUAGACAGAUGUCUGUAGAGAAUUUGAAAAAUGAUUCGGUGAAACUAUGGAACCAAUGAAACCGCUGGAAUAUUCGAAAGCAACGUGACGUGGAUGUAUCAGGAAGUGGAAGU